ACUAGGCUCGAUUGGUUACCUUGGCUGUGGAAAAGGAAAGAUUUAAAGUUCUUGAAGUGUUCAGUAUCCUCAUUUUGUAAUUAAAACUGAUGCAUGAUGGGCAUUAAUAUUUUUACUUUAUAUUUUCAUGUUUCCAACUGUGAAUUGCCUCUUACUUUAAAAUUUAGCUCUAGCUGGAUAACUUUGUGCAAUAAAAAAUUAUGUUUAGUUUUGCAAAUUAUAAUUUAUGUAAGUAAAUUCCCUUUCAGACCUUGUGGUCUAUAGUGCAGAUGAUAUAAAGGUCAUCUGUUUCUGUGGCCUACUGCUAAGGAGGGAGUCAUGUGGCCAGCACAAUGACCAACCGCCUUUACUUUCCCCAACUAAUGGCAGGUACCCAUUAGAGCUGGGCUGACUCAGAGGCGCCCGAAGAUCCCAAAAUUAAAAAUUCCGUCUUCACAAGGAUUCGAACCCCGAUCUCCGGUUUGGAAGCCAAGUGCUUUACCACUCAGCCACCGUGCCUCUGAAUAAUUUAUGUACCACAUCUAAAAUUCACCUUUAUACUUGUAGAACUAUGCCUGGAAUCAAAUUGCAAGUUACUACUAUGGGCUGCCAUACUAGAAAUGGUCUUAUAACUGCAUUAGAACCUUGGUCAGGCAACUAUAAUUUUAGCCCCCCCCCCCCUUUUCAUAUGGAUAGCAGGUAAAUCUUUCAUUUAGAGCCAAAUUAUAUAACCCUAACCAUAUUUAUACAAUAAAAGUGCACUGAGCAUGUUAUAGUAGAAAGAAGACACAUUAUAGAAAUCUUAUAUAUAAGAAUUAGGAUACCAUUAUGGAUACAAGAAAAAAAUCUUUUCUGUAGUGAAACUAGAUCUGUAUGGAUAAUGGUUUGCUUAUAAUGUUUAAUACAGCCAAUCAACCUUGCUAGUACAUCUGGUAACAGGUACAUCUCUUAUGUCUAAAAUGACCAGUGUGUGUGUUUUGUAUCAAGGAUGUGCAUGUUGUUGGUUGUGAAAAAUUGUUUGAUGUGACUGCCAAGGCUUUUUACAAAUCUUUUGUUUGUGUGUAUGUGUUUUUUUUUUAUUUUUUUUUAAAUUUUAUAUUGUAAUCUGAAUGGUGGGAAAAAAUGUAAACCACUACCUUGACUGUCAAAAACAGUAAACCUAAAAUUUUGUAGUUUUAAACAAAUUGAAUCACACUUAUAACAUAUAUAAUAUAUAGAUUUAUAACAUUAAAUCACACUUAUAAUACAUACAGGCUGGUCAUGCGGUAUAUACGCUGAACUAUUAUUUGGACUUCUUGAUGGUCCUGGGUUAAUAGCCUGCCUGCUUCCAUCCCCUAUCAUCCUGCGGGAUGUUUGGACUGGGAAGUAAAUUAUCUUCAACUCUGAAGGAACAUCUAAAACAUUUUUUUGUUUUCCUUUCUCAGCACAUACAACUCAAUUUACUUCUAUUGGUUGGAAAUAUUUAAAUCAUGACAGUGGCAUAGGUAAAUUACCAAAAAGUGGAUCUUAUGUUGGAUUGAUCAGCCCUGAUGGAACUGACCUAACCAUUGUAAUUGAAACCAUAGUCCUGGUAUACCCUGGUAUGAUGUUCACCCACAACUUGUAACUUUAAAUCUUAAAGGAAGUUUGUUUGUGUCUGACCAAGCAGUUCUCAAGUUAGGGCUUGAUGAAGUCUACAAACUGACCACUACAUCUACUGGACAAAAAGAAUCAUACACUGACCCCCUCCCUCCCAACCAUAUCCUCUGCCUUAUCUUGAUGACUUUGAAGUACAGGAACCAUUCAAUCUUGCCCAGCAGACAGUCUCCUAUGAAUUAGAAGUUUAUUAGACAAAUGGUUUUAGAGAUUCCAGUAGCCUAUCAUGAUUCUGAUCUGCACAACAAAUCAAUUAGUGUUAUUGGUUCCAAUACUUGGUCUGAUAUUUCUGUGGAAAUAAAUGUCCAUAUUCCCACCUUAAAUUCUACUAGUCGAGUUUUUGUAGCUGCCAGAGUGGAUCAAGGUGAAUGUAAUGUUUUUAAAGUUCAAGACAUUUAUUUAUAUGGACUUCAAAGUGGCGUAUAUCAACUUAGUAAUGAUUUUGCUCGAACCAAGAUCACUCAACAAGGUUCAGUUCAAAUUCCAGCUGGAUGGCACAUUUUGUCUUUGUUAGUUCAGGGUACAAAUGCACUUGGAGCUUUUGAUGGUGUUCUGUUCAAUGCAACAAUUCCCACCUCUCCAGAAGCUGGCUUUGCAGCUAUUGGCACAGACAGCUAUGGCUUGGAUGAUUUUAUAAUCUUGUAUUAGAUUCAGCUACUAAUGGCUUUAAAA